AACAGAGCGGUCAACUAUCAGUAACAGUUGGACUACUUUGCUGUGGGAAUUCCUGCCUGAGGUCGGAAUACUUUUGUUUGACUUUGUUUGUGGGGACAAGCUCAAAUAAAUGUCGGUUCUGACCCAGUCCUGAGUCCUGGAUCUUGCGCUUUUACCUGUGGAGCAAAUGUGUCAACUGACAACCAACGGUUUCCGCUCGUGCCGUGUUGUGAUGGCUAGCCGUCGUCGCUAGCAGGCUAGCUAGCUGUAUGGCACUGCUGCAAAGAAGGCGAUAAUUAGCUUGCAAGCGGGCUACGCUCGCUCGGCUGCUAGUUAAUUGUAGACAGUUUGCCAUCUCUUAACACAGCUGAUAAGGCCACUUAACGGAUAAUGUGUUGGAUAUCACAUUAAGGAAGAUCACCAGAUGGACAUAUUACAUUAAUACCAAGUGGAUUACUCAUCAUGCCUUUCACAAUUAUGGAGUACAUUUCUUCAUAACAUCAUGCGCGCCGUUAAAUCACAUCUCGAUCACUGCUGCAGACACUCGGUGUCCCUACAUUUAGAUUUAUCAGGCAGUUUUUAAUGAUCAGCAGCGGAGACUGGAUGUUCAGUCUUAUCGUUUUUCACAGUGCUUCCGGUAAAACAUUAAUUAUGUGUCUACACGGGUUGGAUAUGCUCAGAUUCCUAUAAACAUUAGCGUGAAUUCGUGCGAAGGAAGCCCAAAGAAGGAAGUCCAGGACGGGAUAGGUGCACAGAAACUACCCGCUCCCAAAGAAACAUGGCCUCGGUUUGGAAGAGACUGCAACGUGUGGGGAAGCAUGCAUCCAAAUUCCAGUUUGUGGCUUCCUAUCAGGAGCUGAUGGUGGAAUGCACUAAGAAAUGGCAACCAGACAAGCUGGUGGUGGUUUGGACACGCAGGAGUCGACGGAAAUCCUCAAAGUCCCACAGCUGGCAGCCUGGCAUCAAAAAUCCCUACAGAGGAGUGGUGGUGUGGCCGGUACCAGAGAACAUAGAGAUCACGGUCACUCUUUUUAAGGACCCCCAUGCAGAGGAGUUUGAAGACAAAGAGUGGACGUUUGUCAUUGAAAAUGAGUCUCCGUCCGGGCGGAGGAAGGCCUUGGCUACCAGCAGUAUAAACAUGAAACAGUACGCCAGUCCAAUGCCAACACAGACAGAUGUCAAGCUCAAGUUCAAGCCCCUGUCGAAGAAGGUGGUGUCGGCCACGCUGCAGUUCUCCCUCUCCUGCAUCUUCCUCCGUGAGGGAAAGGCCACUGACGAGGACAUGCAAAGCCUGGCCAGCCUGAUGAGCAUGAAACAGGCUGACAUCGGCAACCUGGAUGACUUUGAGGAGGAGAACGAGGAGGACGAGGAAAACAGGGUUAACCAGGAGGAGAAGGCGGCCAAGAUCACAGAGAUAGUAAACCAGUUGAAUGCCCUCAGCUGCUUAGAUGGGGAUGAUGAUGAUGAUGAUGGUGUCCUUAUGCGAGCACGCAAAGCAACCGCUAAGCCUGCCGCUUCCUCCCAAGAGCUCAUCAACAAGCUGAACUUCCUGGAAGACGAGGAUCAGGAAGCGCUUCCUGACAUGUGCACAAAUCCCUUCGAUGACCCCAAUGGCGACCUUCAUCAGAACCACCUCAACCCGUUUGGUGAUCCUGACGAGGAAGAGCCCCCUCCCCUGCCCGUCUUAAGGCAGCGGAUUGAUGAGGAUUCCUUCUAUGACCACGACUCCUCGAAUCCGUUCGAUGAGCCGGAAGAACCGGAGACAGAAACACUCCCAGGGAACCCCUUCGAUGAUGCCGACCAGGACAUGGAACUCCAGCCGGACCCAGAACCCCCCAAACCCAGGCCGAGGAAAGGAGUCCGGCCUGUCGACAUGAGCAAGUACUUGUACGCAGACACCUCUCACAACGAGGAGGAGGAGCUUGACGAAUCCAACCCGUUCUAUGAGCCAAGGACAUCGAGCCCCGUGCACCCCCCCGCUGGCGGCCACUCCCUGGAUGUGGGCAGCUGCCAGAAGAGGAGGGCUCCCCCGCCCCCAAGUUCCAGCCCUGGCCUCGGCCCCAGUCCGCCAGCUCCAAACCCCAGCUCUGGCCCAGACAGGGAGAGAGCGCAGCCAGUCGGGCCCAGCCCAGUCGCAGCGGUGAUGGGGAGAGAGCUGGCCUCCGCCUCCCCCAAGCCCAGCCCCGUUCCGAGCCCGGUUCUGGGAGGGAAGCCCAACGCCAGCCAGUCUUUGCUGGUUUGGUGCCGCGAGGUCACCAAGAACUACCGCGGGGUCAAGAUCACCAACUUCACCACCUCCUGGAGGAAUGGGCUGGCCUUCUGCGCCCUGCUGCACCACUUCAGACCUGACGUAAUAGACUACAAGUCACUCAAUCCUCAGGAUAUUAAAGAAAACAACAAAAAGGCGUAUGAUGUUUUUGCAAGCCUGGGUGUCUCCCGUCUCCUGGAGCCGUCAGACAUGGUGCUGCUGGCCAUUCCUGACAAGCUAACAGUGAUGACCUACCUGUACCAGAUCCGCGCCCACUUUUCCGGCGAGGAACUAAACGUGGUGCAGAUCGAGGCCAACAGCAGUCGCAGCACCUACAAGGUGGGCGACUUUGAAACCGACACAAACGCCUCCAUAGGUCAGGACAAGUUCUAUGCUGAACUCAACGACGUGCAGCACCACCAGGCUAACUCUGAGCCCGUUGAUGCGGCUGGUGGUGUUAACACUGAAUCUAAUGGCACUAAAGCCGCUGAGGAAGACGUGAUGGAGCCGGGUUGGAAGGCCGAAGUAGGAGCGGUCAGCUUGCCAGCAGCGGGGCCUUUACAGUCCUCCCCUCCAGUACCAUCGCCACGCACAGCAUUAGCUGCCUCAGCAACAGACUCGACCCACGGGACACCAUCAAGCUCUGAGGACAGGGGGAAUCUGUUCAAAGCCAAAACUUUAGACCUUAGCGAGUUACCACAGAGAGUGGAGAGAGACAUGCAGAAGGACGAGGUGGGAGAGGAGAGAAGGGAGAGAAGUACAGACCCAGGGUCCCCCACCAGGAGAGGGUCCUCCCCGCCCCACCAGAAACUGGGCUUCUCCUAUAACAGGGAUGCUGACCUCAUCAAGAAGAAGAGGGCCAGCCUGCGUCACUCGGAGUCUGAGCCCGCCUCAGACACCAUCUCCCCUCCAGUCUACCACACAGACCCGCCUCCCAAACAGGAACCAACACCUCCCCCUGUAUCAAGUCCCCCUACUGAGAAGAAGGUGCUCUCUCGUCAGGAGGAGCUGAAGGAGAGAGCCAGACUCCUCCUGGAGCAGGCCCGCAGAGAUGCUGCGAUGAAGGCCGGCAACAAAAACGUCCCCAACUCGGCCGUCGCUGCACCAAACAGGGCCACAAACGUCUGCGAUGAGCGGGAUGCAGAGCGGAGGAGACAGCUGAGGGAACGAGCCCGGCAGCUGAUAGCUGAGGCUCGAUCUGGAGUCAAGAUGUCUGACAUGAGCCUGGACGCGUCCAUCACUGAGAGAGGCAAGGGCAGCAAGGCUAGCCCUGCUGGAGAUGUUUUGGAUGGAGUGAGAGGUCAUCGUGAGGAUGACGGAGGUGAUGGUGAGAGGGAUGAGGGGAGGGCUGAGGAAGAGCCGCUCCAUUUUGGUGGUGAUGAUGAUACUGUUGCUGCCACAUCUGCGCUGGUUACUAACCCACUGCCACUGGAGGUCCCUUUUCCAGCCACCUGCAGCACCCACGUACCCCUGGAGCUUACUAACCCCGGCUCUGAGAUAACUUCUCUGGGUUCAAACAGUAAGCAUGUGGAUCUGAAACUGAAGAAGCUGGUGGAGGUCAGCCCAAGAAGAGUCUCCCCUUCAUCCACCUCCUCCUCCUCCUCCUCACCCACUACCUCCUCCACCUCCCCAGUCAGCCCUGCAGAAGGACUAGAGAAUAACGCGGAGGACCUGCGAGCGGAGCGGCUGCGCAGAGCAACAGAGAGGUUGCGUAGCCCGGUGGUCUUCAACAAGGAUUCUGCAGUCAGGAAAACACAGCUGAAGUCCUUCAGCCAGUAUGUGGAGAGCAGACCAGAGGUGAAGAGACAGAGGUCUGUUCCUGAGGAUCUGAAGAAGGCCGAGGAGGACCGAGGCUCACCGACGGACCUCGAUAUUCGCAGACCCUUUGAAGAGGAGAACAACAAGGAGGAGGAGGAGGCCAUGAUGCAGGAGUGGUUCAUGUUGGUCAACAAGAAGAACGCCCUCAUCAGACGACAGAACCAGCUCUCUCUGCUGGAGAAAGAGCACGAUCUGGAGAGACGCUUCGAACUGCUGAACAGAGAGCUGAGAGCCAUGCUGGCCAUAGAGGACUGGCAGAAGACGGAGGCCCAGAAGAGACGAGAGCAGCUGCUGCUGGACGAGCUGGUCAUACUGGUCAACAAGCGAGACGCGCUGGUCAGGGAUCUGGACGCCCAGGAGAAACAGGCCGAGGAGGAGGACGAGCACCUGGAGAGGACGCUGGAGCAGAACAAAGGAAAGAUGGCCAAGAAAGAGGAGAAGUGUGUGCUUCAAUGAUUGUCAUUUCACCAGGAAACACAACCAACAAAUGUAGCCGAUAACAGAAAUGUAUCAUUAUGAUGAUGAAUAUUAUUAUUAUUAUUAUUUGAUAAUGGCUUUCCUAGAUCUUUCUAUCAGUUAUUGGAAUCCUGAUGUGGUUGUUGUUUUGUUCAAAUGAACCGCGGAGACGAACCGAACUACGAGGCCCCGCGAUGCCUUUGCACCGACUUUAUACUGACUCAAACUGUCCCACUUAUAUACAAUAUUUUUUAUUUUAAUUCUCCUUUUCUUUAUCAAGAACGGUACUUGUACGUAAUAUAAAUAUGUCGGAGACGGCAGCAGUGCGGAGCCUGUGUGAUGUUUGCAUGUAGUGAUGCAGCACAGCUUCUGUGUGUGGAGUCAGUCGGAGGUACAGCACAACUGGGUUAAAGUGGGCUCUGCUUUGUGUUUCAUCACGUUCACAACAUUCAGUUGGACUUUUAAAAGAGGUUAUAAUAUCAGUAUUUUCAAGCUACUUCAUUACUUGACUGUGUUUCUUUUAAUUAUUUCAUUUUUAGAGUUUUUACUUGAAUAAUAUCUUAAAGGGGGAUUCAUAAAUCUUGCAUUAACUUUCCUAUUGCUUUUUUUUUUUUAUUGUCUUGGCUUGAAAGCAGUUUACCAAAAGAAAGGUCAUGUUUAUAAAAAACAAAACAAACAAAAAGACUCUCAUGUUGUAUAUUUUCCAUCACUGCUCUGCAUCCAAAAUCCUCUUCAGUCAAAAACAAAAAAAUAUAUAUAUUAUUUAUUGCCGUUUGUCAUUUUAAGCUGCUUGUAAGUGAAUCAUCACGUUUCAUGUGCAUUUUUGCUCAACAACUUCUGGUUUCUAUUUAUUGUAUUCUGAAGAAGAGAAAUAUGCUUCCACGUGCAUCACUUAGAGCUCCACAUCUGUUUACGUGUUGAACAUUUAUCUGUUUAUUUAUUCCAGUGUCAUAACCCAAGUCUUCAAUAAUAAAGUCCUUAUGAUUUCAUACUCCA